CCCCGCCCCUCUGACUGCCCACGUGGUCCGGGCCUGCGCCGCUCGCCUGCUCGUCCGGUGUAGUACCCUGGGCGGCUUCCUCUGCAAUUGCGGGUCCCAGCCCUGUCUCUGAGCCCCUGGUCGCUCGCUGUCGCCAGCGCCCCGGUUGUUGCUGAGCCCUCGGGAGCUCAAAACGCGCAGGCGGUGCUGCCCUCCUUAACCAGCAAGGCCGAGCCCGUGGUAGCAUCCGGCAGGGAAAUGGUCGUGGUUUCCGUGCCCGCCGAAGUCACCGUAAUCCUGUUAGAUAUCGAAGGUACCACAACCCCGAUUGCUUUCGUGAAGGAUGUUUUAUUUCCGUACAUCAAAGAAAAUGUCAAGGAGUACCUGCAGACCCACUGGGAGGAGGAGGAGUGUCAGCAGGACGUCAGCCUGCUGAGGAAACAGGCCGAGGAAGAUGCACAUCUGGAUGGGGCUGUUCCGAUACCCGUGGCAUCUGGCAGUGAUCUGCAGCAGAUGAUCCAGGCCGUGGUGGACAACGUGUACUGGCAGAUGUCCCAUGACCGCAAGACCACAGCGCUCAAACAGCUGCAAGGCCACAUGUGGAAGGCGGCUUUCAUGGCUGGCCGCAUGAAGGCAGAGUUCUUUGCAGAUGUGGUUCCUGCAGUCAGAAGGUGGAGAGAGGCUGGGAUGAAGGUAUACAUCUAUUCUUCAGGGAGCGUGGAGGCACAGAAGCUGCUCUUCGGCCAUUCCACAGAGGGAGACAUUCUUGAGCUCAUCGAUGGUCACUUUGACACCAAGAUUGGACACAAAGUGGAGAGUGAGAGUUACCGGAAGAUUGCAGAUAGCAUCGGUUGUUCAACCAACAACAUCCUGUUUCUCACGGAUGUCACUGUAGAGGCCAGUGCUGCUGAGGAGGCGGACGUGCACGUGGCUGUGGUGGUGCGACCUGGCAAUGCGGGGCUCACUGACGACGAGAAGACAUACUACAACCUCAUCACGUCCUUCAGCGAGCUCUACCUGCCGUCCACCUAGAGCCAGGUUUGAGGAAGAGCUGCCGUCCCCUAGUGUCUAGCUUUGUUCUAACUGUAAAAGUAACGUACUUACGUGUGCACACAGACAUGUGCAAGGGUAUAUACAUGGACGUGUGCUCAGAUUAGUUUCCAUGGGCACAUAAUGUGAGAAAAGUUGUUGGUUCCAUGAAAACCAAAUUCAUGUAAAGACACUUUAUGUGUAGACCGUAAAUCUAAGUCUUACCAAGCCCGGGAUGUAUUUGAAACUGAAAAAAUACUAAUCAAAUUUGUGAUGUUUAUCAAAUUGUUUACCAAGUGGAAAGCUAGUUCUGAGAAAUUAUUACCCAGAGCCUGUGUUAUUUUAAAGACUGGAUUUGCUUCAAAGGCACCCAUACGAGGAGCCCACCUUCCCUGUCCCGAGAGGGCACGUCCCACCGCUGCACUAAGGACUCACGGCCCAGCGUCCACAAGACUGAGGCCCUGACCCUGCUCAGAGAACAAAUCCGGAGCAGGGGUCUGGUCAGUCAGGAUGGAACAGUGCUACAAGCACCAGCCUGCCUCUGAGCAGUGCUCGGAACAGCUGAGGCCGUGGCGGGCUCCACUAACCCCCAGUGUUAGCGUGUUUUAUAGCUGCCUUUCUGUGUCUUACACAGUUUGAGAGUAUAUGUUAAUGACUAUUUUUUUUAAAAAAAUGUUUUAUUGAAACCAGUGUAACAGCACAAAGAGCUCUAAUGUGUAACACUUCCUCUGAAAUGGAUCUAAAGAUGUAAAUUUUAUAUCAGCACUGUUUAUCCUGAUGCAUUCUGACAGGUCAGUGUCAUGUCAUUAAUUAAUAAAGGCAUUUUCUUCUC